GCCAGGAAGUGACGCAAUGAAAACAAUAACGUGCAGAGCUUUCUGAAAGAAAUUAAAUGAAAGGUCUCAUUAUGUCUUAUUUAAAAUAGUAAAUAAGCCAACAUUAAUAUUUUGCUAUUACUAGAGCGAAUAAGAGACAUUUGGACAACAUCUAACCAAAGGAAGUUCAUUUAGAUUGGUGUGGUGAUGGCAGCUUCAUUGCCUCAGAAGCCAGGGAUGCCGCCUCAGCAGCCCCUCAUGCCCCCAAGUGCUGCAUCAGCCCCAGGUCAGCAGCCCAUGCCCCCUCAGGGAGCCCUGAGAGAGAUCUCUCCAGUGUUCCUCUGUCGGAUCGGACAGGAGACUGUCCAGGACAUUGUCACUCGCACCAUGGAGAUCUUCCAGAUCACACGAGCUACGCAGCUUCCUAAUGGUGUGACGCAAAGUCAGGCAAUGUACCAGGACCGCUUUGGGAAGCUCCAGGAACACCUACGGCAGCUCGCCCUGCUAUUCAGAAAGCUCCGGCUCCUGUAUGAACGCUGUGUGGAGAUGACCUCUGACCUGCAGGAGGGGCCAGCAGAGCUUUUGCCGUAUGUUGGGGAGGAGCUGGUUACUGUCAAAGUGGAGCCCUGCAGUCCUGCUGUCAACCAGGAGAGAAAAGAAGUUCUAGAGAAGGUACGUCAGAAGAACCAGGAGAUGAAGGUUCUGAUGGAUCAGAUGAGGAACCUGCUUUGGGAUGUCAACGCAAUGCUGACGCUCAGGAAAUGAUAGUUCCACUAGAGCCACUCUCUUUUUAAGAGACGCGUUUCUUCACAGACACAAGCACUGCAUAACGUCAAAGACCGGGUGAAAUAAGGGAAUUUCUGUCGGAAUUUGAAUAUGGGACCUUCCAGUUAGGUACACCUCCUUUGUGUUGGCCUGUCGUCACUGAAACUCACAGUUCACUCACAGUUCACCUAACAUCUGCUGUUUAUUAUGUAUCAUAUUGAAGUUGUUGAGGGGGAAACUAUUAAUGAAAUAGGAAAGGAUAAGCUUGUGUCAACCUGAUACACUCCAGCUCCAAGAAUUGUUCUCUUUUUGUACAAGGCAGCAGACAACACAGUUAUUGUCUGCCAAGUAUUCUGCAAUUGUUAUUUGUCGCUGUGUCUAUUCAGAUACGUUACAGACUCCUGUUCUCAUACUGUUUAAAUGAGUAGAAACCUGUAAUGCCUCAGGUAAAAACAACACAAAAGUUUUCUUAAAAUACCAUAUAAAUGCUGUUUUGCCCCCAGGUGCUGACUUGACACCAGACAGACUUAAAUUCAUUGCAGGUAAUUCUUCCAGAAAGCACACGCGCUGAUCUUAUGACUGUGUUUACCAUAGGAACAAUUGCCUUUAUUAUGCUCUGUUAGUUGUAAAAACACUAUGGGUUCAGAAUUCAAAUUAGCCCCUUGGCAGCUAUGUAUCUCAGGUGAUUCGAACAUAAGUGUGUGUGUGUGUGUGUGUGUGUGCGCGCGCGUGCAUGUGCUUAAUGAGAUUAGCAUCCCAAGUGCUAGAAAAAUGAACCCGUUUGCCUUGCUUGUGUCGAGACUUGCUCGCCUAUGAAUUUAUUUUUGUAAACUGGGGGACAAAAGGUAGGCCUACUGGGUAGAUUUCUGUUUUGUAUAAAUAAACUUUUUUUAAACAAUUUCUGAACAUAUACUUUAAAGUCGCUUUCUAAAAUACAGGAUUGGCCAUCUCAGACUUUGCAGUCUGCUCUCCAUUGUGUUAAAUUUCAACCCUAAGGGCCAAUGUGGGAAUGCAUGAUCUCCUUCACAAUUGAGAUUAUAUAUAUAUAUAUAUAUAUAUAUAUAAGUACAUCAAGGCUUAUCCACCAACCAAUAAUGAUGCAUAAUCUGACCCUGACCUUUUGUAUUCAUCUUCCUUUACACACCAACUGCUUGUCAGUGUAGUCCUACACUACAACAAAGCAUCAAAGACCAUGGGAAUCACAGAGUCACUCAGUCACUGAGCAGCACUUUUGAUUGCUGUAAUUGUAUUUCGAAUAAUGUCAGCUAAUUCAAUCGGCCCAAAAAGGGUUUCACUGUGAAAUUGGUUGCUGGAAAAAUAAAUACCGUGUAAGCAAGGGCACGCUACACGCCGCAAUUAUCAGUGUACCCAUCAGAUAGAAAAAUGUGCUUGCCUUUGUUUAUAUGAGCUGUGUAUGUUUUCACAAUAUAAAAUGAGCUAGUGGAUGUUUUUGAUGAA